UCAUUUAUGUAACUUACGUUUUUUAGAUGCGUAAAAUUGUCGAGUAAUGCCUGUAAAUCCGGACGUAAAGUGAUUCGACUCGUAGCCAUAUUAGUAAAGAUUCAAGUUUCGAAUUGGCGCGAUUGUCAUAUAGUUGGAGAUUAAGACGCCAUCUUGAAAGAAAUAGUAGUAACAAAUACAAAAAAGGAGCGGGUAAUUGAAGAUUAAGUGUUUGUUGUUUUUUUCGAGAAAUUAAAAUACUAUUUAAAAUAAUCUUUGAUAUUAAUGUUUUUAAUAAAAUAUUUGUGGUUUGCAAUUUUCAAAUGAUUUCUUUAAAAACUAUAUCUGAACAAGCAUAUGUGUAGAUACAUGUAUGUACAUACAUUGACAAAAAGAACAAUCGAUAUUCAUUUGUAUCCUUAUCGAUUUGUCAUACUUUAUACGAUUGCAAAAUAAAAUCUACGAUUAUAAAUUAAAUUAUGGACUUUAGGCGACGCGCCAGAAAAGAGGUUGAUGAAUCAAUUUUUGAAGAAAUAUGUGACGUUAUAUUUGAUUUAAUACCUCAAGCACCAUCAUUGAAACAAUUUUUUUUAAAUUGGAGUGCACUUAAUCAUAAAGAAAGGACACGAUUGGAUAUUAAAAGUCGAUUAUGGUGUUGUCCGAAAAGGCGGCAACUUUAUAAAUCGUUACGCGAAGCUAUGAUCCGUUGGGAAAAUAUACAGGACACUGAAGGCGCUCCAGGAUGCGAACCUAGUAUGAUCCCAUCGCGCUAUUCUCAACUUGAAGAAGAACUCGGAAAUCUCGUUUGUAAUUUGGAAAUGUUUUUUUUUAAAAAAUAUGAAAACUUGUAUGAACGAGUUGGUGAACAAAUUAACAGUCCUCUGAAUUUUAAGAGAGAUAGGUUGUUGCUAUUAUCAAGUUGUAAAGAUUAUUGUCGCUUCAUUGGCAAUCCGAAGACUAGAUCUCUACGUUCUGUACAUAGCUGGGCUUGUUUCGUCGAUAGUAAAAGCUCUGAAGAAGAGUUAAAUGGUUACUUGACAAAUUGA